AUGAAGUAUUGCUUGGCAUACCUGGCCCUAGUGGGCGUGGCCUUGCUGACAUGCGCAGUGGCUCAGAAUGCUGAUGAUUAUGCUCGUUUGAGAAAUUCCCUGUUUACAGAUUACGACAAAGAACUUCUGCCUAGAUAUGACGGAGUGAACCGUGUGGAUAUGGCGAUGACAUUAAUAAAACUGCGUGGACUGGAUAUUUUCAAGGGAACUAUCAAUAUGAACGUCUGGCUGGCAGUGAAUUGGAUUGAUCCGAGAUUAUCUUGGAAUCCCGCAGAUUAUGGAAACAUCCACGAGAUUCAUAUCCGACCAUCUGAGAUAUGGGUACCUGAUAUAUCGCUUUACGACAGCGAUUCACCGCUUCAUGACUUAGUGACAGAAGCUUUGGCCAUAAUAGUCUCUUUUGGCGGGAUAUACAACUAUCCUCCCUUGCAGCUGGAAACGACGUGUACGAUGGAUUUGAAAGACUACCCCUACGAUCAACAUGAAUGCAGUAUGAAGUUCGGAUCAUGGUCCUAUUCAAACACAACAAUAACCGUUCAUCCGAUAUUCGACACCAUCGACUUGUCAGAGACUAAUCCGGAUGACCAUCCGAUCUGGGAGAUCGUCGACUCAAAGGUCACGCGUGAGGCGUUUGCCUACCAGUGCUGUCCUGCCUCUUACGACAGUGUUACGUUCUCCGUAUUGGUACGUCGACGAGAGACUCACGGUCGUAUCGCAUCUUCUGUCAUCACGACAUGGCUCAUCCUCAUAGUCUUCUUGAUCGGACCGUCGUCGGCUGGGAAACGGAUCAUAUUCGCAGGGCUCAUCUUUGUCGCAUUGGUGGUGCUCUCUGCAGCUGUUAGUGCCGAGGUUCCCGCCUAUUCGACGACCAGGCUUGGUCGGUUCAUCAUCGGCGGAAUGCUCAUCGUCGCUCUCGUCAGUAUUUACAAUGGCCUCGUAUACCGCUGCUACCCCAAGGAAAAGCCAGGGGAGCUUGUUGAAGGAGACACCUCAACUCGAUCACGGACCAUGGUCAUCGUCGAUGUCGCGGCUUGCGUUUGUACUGCCAUCAUCCUCGGCAUUUCGACAGGCGCCCUCUUUGUCUAA